AUGUCUUGCCGAUGUAGGGAAGUACGAUGGUGGCGGUGGCGGUGGGCUUACGAAGAUAAGAUCUGCGACCUACUCAAAGAUAAGGAAACCUACUCCAAACUCAAGAGGGACCCAACCCCGGCCAACGAAAGGAAGAUCAACCAACAACUUUUAACCCUACACAGAUCCGACAUACUACCCAAGGCACUCUACUUUCAACUCAGAUCCUCGUCAGCUAAGUCACCCAUCCUCUUCGGACAGCCCAAGAUUCAUAAGCCGCUUAUCCCUCUCCGCCCUAUCAUCUCUACCCGAGGAUCAUCCUGCUACAACACUGCACGUCAUCUCGCCAAUAUUCUACAACCACUCGUAGGCCAAACGCAGCACCACGUCACGAACUCUAAGCACUUCAUCGACAUCCUCUCCAAAACCAAGAUCCAGCCAUCCGACACACUCGUCAGCUUCGAUGUCACCUCUCUAUUUACCAACGUUCCUGUAGACCAAGCAUGCGACAUCAUCAAACAACGCCUCAUCUCAGACCCAGACCUCGAAUCUAGGACCAAGCUCACACCUGACCAGAUCCACGACCUCCUUCUCACCUGCCUCCACUCCAACUCUUUCAAGUGGCGCAGCAACUUCUAUAAACAACUUCAAGGAGCAGCCAUGGGAUCUCCACUCUCACCAAUCAUCGCCAACAUCUUCAUGGAACACUUCGAGCACCAAGCACUCAAGUCCGCCGACAAGUCUCCUUCACUAUGGCUACGCUACGUCGACGACACCUUCGUCAUCUGGCCACACAGCACACCAGACCUCCACCAUUUCCUCGACCACAUCAACAACCAACACCCCAGCAUUAAGUUCACCAUGGAGACCGAACACGACAACUCAAUCCCUUUCCUAGACGUACUCAUCACUAAGACACCAUCAGGAUUCCCCUCGCACCAAAUAUACCGGAAACCAACCCACACAGACCGCUACCUCAACUUCCGAUCUCACCACCAUCCAUCAGUCCACCAAUCAGUCUCCAACUCACUCAUCAGACGAGCCCACCAACUUAGUGAUAAAGCACAUCUCCAGCAAGAACUCAAGCACAUCACGCACGCACUUACUUCCAUCAACCAGUACCCAAGAAGGAAAAUCAACACCCGAGCUCCCUACCACAAGACCAGCACCACCGGAACCCAACCUGAUACUAAGCCCACCGCCACCAUCGUACUUCCCUACAUCGGCAAGACAUCACACCGACUACAACGCAUCCUCCGCUCAGCCAACAUCCUCGUCAGACACCAAUCCAACCACAAGCUUUACUCCACUCUUCACUCUCACAAGGACAAGCACCCAUCCAACAAACAACCAGGCGUCUACAAGAUUCCCUGCGAUUGCGGCAAAGUCUACAUUGGAGAAACCGGCCGCGAUUUCGACACCCGACUAAAAGAACACAAGACCCACCACCGACGCAGCGACUGGGACAAGUCAGCCAUCGUCAAGCACGCACAACAAGAGCUCCACCACAUUCACUGGGAUAAAAGUCACCUCAUCACCCCCAUCCGACAUUGGCACACCCGAAGAGUCCGAGAAGCCAUCGAGAUCCACCAACACAACACCGUACCCCAAGACCCAGGCCUUCACAUCAACAGUAUCUGGCACCCAAUCCUCCCUCACCAUCCUACUUCCGACCAAUCUUCAACCAACUCCACAACCAACACGCCAACCACCAACACUUCACCAAUCCAUCCAUCCGUUAGCCCGGACACCACCUACAACCACCCAACCACACCCACUCAAUCAAGCACUACACGUUCUCAACUAGCCACUUCACCCACACAAGCACCGCCCACGCCCACACCUCGCUACAACCUACGCCAACGCCGAAACCGCCGACCAACACACACAGACCGACACCACUAA